AUGUAUUACAAUGGAUCCAGUGGGAACCCUCCGAAGCGAGCCCACACACAGCAUGACCCUACACCCCGCUCUGGGCGUUCACCAAUGCGUACGGGCAAUGCGCUCUUGGAUCCAUACUCCCAACAAGCCCAGUACUCGCCGUCUACCACCCCUUACCUCUACGCCUCGUCAUCCGAUGCUCAGAGAAGCAACUCAUCAUCCACCUAUCAGUCUCAUUCCCGUGCUACCUCUCAAACCAAGGUUGAGGCCUCAACGCCGCCAUUAUCUUCCCCUUACACUCCGCAGAGUGCUGCGCAG